AUCUGGCUUUGGUAUCAACUUUCUUUUCCAAAGGAAAGCAAUAGCUAUUUUGCUUUAGGCAGACAGUUUCUGUAUAGGUAUAAUAGGUAUUCUGCCAUACCUAUUUAAUUUGCAGGCACUAAUAGCAAUACCCAGCUUCCCUGGUUCCUCUUGACUUCUAGCCACCUCUCCACAGCCUUCUGAAGAGAUGGAAAGAUGGUCAUGGUUUGCCUUACUUUGUUCUUUCUCUUUUUAUCUGUUCCUCAACAUCUUUGUUUAUUGUGCAAGUAGUCUCUCCUCUGCCCUGCAAUGGGCUUCUUGGCUGGAAUCAGUCCACAUGUUUACUGCUGAACAGAACUCCGCUAUGCAACUGUGUACUGGAAUAGAGCCGAAAAAAUACUUCAGGUCAGGAAUACGCUGGAUAGGAGUGGAGAUGCUUAUGGCUUCUACAACAACAGUCUACAGACAUCAGGCUGGGGAGUCCUGGAGAUCAGAGCAGGCUAUGGCACUCAGACCUUAAGCAAUGAAGAUAUUAUGUAUGUUGCUGGCUUCUUGGAAGGCUAUCUCACAGCUCCGCAAAUGUAUGACCAUGCUGCAAAUAUGUAUCCACAACUAAUUAAGACUCCCACCAUUCGAAGUGGAGUUCAGAAUUUUAUGGCGAAACAAGAUCAAUGGACAAGACAACAAAUCAGAAAUAAUAAGGAUGACCCAUUUUGGAGGCAUGCUGGCUAUAUUAUUGCACAGUUGGAUGGUCUGUACAUGGGAGCCCUCGAGUGGGCUAAACUACAUAAACAAACACCACUGAGCAACUUUGAUGUCCAGUUUCUGAAUGCAGUUGGAGACCUGUUGGACCUUAUUCCUGCAUUAUUUGAUUAUUCUGCACGGGGUGGACAAUGCAAUGUGGAUGCAGGAGGCCAUGGGAGAUACCAGUGGGACAUGGGACAUUGCUCUGCACUGAUAAAGGUUCUACCUGGAUAUGAGAAUAUAUAUUUUGCCCAUUCCAGCUGGUUUACUUAUGCAGCCACACUGAGAAUAUAUAAGCAUUGGAACUUCAAUAUAGUUGAUCCAUACACCAGCACCAGCCGUGUCUCAUUCAGCAGUUACCCAGGCUUUUUGGUCUCCCUGGAUGACUUUUACAUACUAGGCAGCGGCUUGGUAAUGUUGCAGACUACCAACAGUGUUUUCAAUGAAACCCUCAUUAAGCAAGUGGUGCCUGAAUCUUUGUUAGCUUGGCAGAGGGUCCGCAUUGCCAACAUGAUGGCAAAUGAUGGCAAAACUUGGGCAGAGACCUUCUCAAAGUGCAACUCUGGAACCUACAACAAUCAGUACAUGGUUCUAGACCUGAAGAAGGUCAAGCUGCAGAGGAGCCUUGAUGAUGGUGCAUUGUACAUUGUUGAGCAGAUCCCAACUCUUGUGGAGUAUUCUGAUCAAACAAAUGUUCUCCGGAAAGGUUACUGGCCUUCCUACAAUAUCCCGUUCCAUGAAAGGAUUUACAAUCUCAGUGGCUAUGCAUCAUAUGUUGUCAAGUAUGGCAUGGAUUUCUCCUAUGAGCUUGCUCCAAGAGCAAAAAUCUUCCGUCGAGACCAGGGCAAGGUGACCAACUUGGAAAGCAUGAAGUACAUCAUGAGAUACAACAACUAUCAGCGUGAUCCUUAUGCUGAACAUAAUCCUUGCAACACCAUUUGCUGCCGGGAAGACCUGAAUCCUUCUUUACCGGUGCCUGCAGGCUGCUAUGACUCCAAGGUGUCGGAUUUCCGCCUGGCUGCAGCUUUCACAGCCUCCGCCAUCAAUGGCCCUCCAGUGCAGGGCGGUCUCCCCGUCUUCAGCUGGAGACGGUUCAACCGCACGCGGCACCAGGGCCUGCCGGAGUCAUACAACUUCGAUUUUGUCACCAUGAGGCCGAUCCUGUAAAACUAGCGUCAGUAUCCACAAGUGGAUGAUUUUUUUUUUAAUGGAAAUUUUAUUCUUGUGUAAUAAAUCAACCUGAAUGUCCACA